AUGCCUCGGGCGCCGUUGCCGUUGAAACGCAGUGUUAGUAUCACCGAUCUCCGUUUCACUCUGCGCCGGGUCUUUGGCAAAGACUCGUUUCGACCGCUGCAGGAAGAAGUCAUCACUGCUGCCGUUGCCGGCCACGAUGUCUUCCUCUGUGCAGCCACCUCAUUCGGGAAGUCCCUCUGCUACCAACUGCCCGCCGUGGUGUCUUGGGGAGUCACCGUCGUCAUUUCUCCGCUGCUCGCUCUGAUGCACAACCAAGUCCAGUCGGCACAGGAACUGGGUAUCGCAGUCGAGUCCAUCAAUGGCAGAACCCCGUGGGCCGAAAAGGUGCGCAUUGAGACGGACCUUCUUUGUGGGCAUCCCGCGACCAAGCUGCUUUAUGUGACCCCUGAACUCUGUGCAACCGAUCAUUUCCGCAAACUCAUCCUCCAAAUCCAUCGCCAGGGUCAACUUGUCCGCGUCGCCAUUGAUGAGGCCCAUUGCAUUAGUGAAUGGGGUCACGAUUUCCGCCCGACGUACAAGGAGCUCAUAUGGCUGAAGUCGACCCUCAACUGCCCGUCGGUCCCUAUCAUGGCCGUGACCGCCACGGCGACCAGGCAGGUCCGAGACGACAUCUUCAGCAUUCUCGGACUCGAUGAUGGGACAACUCGAUGUUUCUCAACCUCGACCGUACGGCCCAACAUCCACUACGAGGUACAGUAUUUCUCCGAGUCGAACCCGGAAAACGGCGAGAACGACAUCCUACCCUAUCUCAUGAGCAGACUGGAGUUCAUGCACCAAAGACGCCUGGCACGGCUCAAUUCUCUCUUGCAGGAGGAUGCGGCUGCUGUGGUGGCACCUAUCAGCGGUAUCAUAUAUGUGUCACUUCGCUCGACCGCCGACUGGUUGGCCUCGAAACUCACCGUGGCCGGUAUUCGAGCACUGCCGUACCACGCCGGGCUGGAAGACGAGAAACGCACCCAGACCCAGACGACCUUCCUUCGAUAUGCCACGGCGGAUCCGGGUCUCUUGCAGGCCAGGGACGACAGAAGUCUCAUGACCUCGUUCAACAUCAUUUGCGCCACCACGGCCUUUGGGAUGGGCAUUGAUGUUCCGACAAUCCGAUUCGUCAUCCACUACGGCCUACCUCGAGGCAUGGAGGCUUUCACGCAAGAGUCGGGCCGGGCGGGUCGAGACAACAAAGCGGCAUCCAGUAUCAUCUUCUACACCCGCGAGGACAAAGAGCGGUGUGAGUUCCGGGCGAGAUCCGAUGCCAACCGCGAGAAGAGCAAGGCCAAAUCCGAGGCGAGGAUGCAGUCGCUGAAAAGCAUGGUCGAUUUCUGCGAGAACACGGACAUCUGCCGCCACCAUCUGGUCUCCCGCUACUUUGGAGACCAGGCCGGGCUUGCCGACUGUUACUUUGCCUGUGAUGUGUGCAAGGAAGGGCCUGCAAGGCUGAAGAGGCGCAAGGAGAAGGGGCUGGCGACAGAGACGGAGGCAUUUGCCUUUACCCAGCGUGAACCAGUGAUGAAUUACGACUUCGAGUAA